AUGGAUUAUCAUCUUCUGGCCCCCUUCUGCCUGCUGGCCCUGCUGCUGCCCCCUCUCCCUUUGGGAGCCCCCAUGUCCACAGCCGAGUCGGUCAAGCAAGCCUAUAACCUGGCGCUCCACAUGCAAACGCAGACUUCCACCCUGCUACAGACUUACCUCCAACACCAAGGCAGUCCCUUUAGUGAUCCUGACUUCUCAAUGCCCGAACUCUCGCUGAGAACCCUGCCUCCAACCGCCAUGCCCUUUGCGAUCUGGCAUGGCCUGGAAGAUGUAGUACGUCUGAGCCUCACCCAUGAGGCCUUCUGGUCCUUCAGCCAGCACCUCCUGCUUGCGAUCACUGACCAGAGUGACCUGAGCCCUGGCCAUUCCAUCGUGGAGGAUCAGCUUUGGGAAGCAAGACUCAAGGCCAAAGGCCUAGCGGGCAACUUGGCUGGCAUCAUGACUGCCCUGGGCCUGCCCACUCCCCCAUUAAACAUACCCCUCGGUACUGUCCCCUUAGGGGACACGGCCUUCCAGAAGAAGUGUCGAGGAUAUGUAAUAAUCCGGGACUAUGGCUUUUGGACAGACCGAGCUGUGACUUUCUUGGGUGAGCUCAAGGAUAAAUACUCUCAAUAG